GAAACAUGCUGCUCCACUGCCUGUGCUUUAACCAUGUGUUUUUAGCCUCUACCAGUGGCAGAAAAAACAUGAAUCUGGCACCCGAAGGACCAAUAACAUCUGUAGAAACUUCAGCUUGAACAUGGAGCCUUCAUCAUCAUCAGCAGCAGCAGCAGCAGCUUCAGGAACAUGCAACAGGGAGAAAAGAAAGAACAUCGUCCCCCCAGCACAUGAGAGGGCGAAGAGAUUGAAAACCGUGCAGGAAGGUGUGGAGACGCUGGAGUGUGUACCCCGCUCACCGAGGAUCUCCGUGCUGCUCGACCGCCUUCAACAACCAAUUACACCGAAUGAGCUGAUGGAGCUGCUGCAUUAUGCCGCUCUGGGGAAAACAGGUGGCAUUAAACAGCCCAGUUGGUGCCGUCUCCUCCGCCAGAAGAGGAUUAAAGCCGUGAAUGUGGUGAUCGUGGAGGGCCUGACCCAGAGUCACUUUUACAACCACUACCUCACCCUGCGACACCUCAGGAACAACUACAGCACUAGGGUCACCUUUACUCCAUCGUCUUCCAACCUGGCGUCAGAAAUCUUCAGCAGCGAAGUUCCUGAAUUGGACGCUCUGGCCCUUUCACAAAGACACAAUGAAAGCAGUGAAUUGCCCAAAGCACUGAAGAGUCACCCAGUAAUCACCAGAUUUGGGACACAGAGGAGAGGACUUACAGCGUAUGUUCUCCCCCAGGAGGAGAUGAUCAAGAGACACUACCCUGUCAAAGGGAUGCCAGGCUUUGAGGAAUUUGUGUGCGCAGAUAGUGUUGACUGUGUGACUGACAACAGCCCUCUGUAUGGACUUGACUGUGAAAUGUGUCUAACAGAAAAGGGAUACGAGCUGGCUCGUGUUUCUGUGGUUGAUAGUGAAGGGAGCUGUGUGCUGGACCAGCUGGUGAAACCUCAGAACCGAAUCCUCGACUACCUCACCAGGUUUUCUGGUAUAACGGCAGCGAUGUUGCGACCAGUCACAACCACCCUCAGGGACAUUCAAGUGAGGCUCCAGACGUUGUUGCCGAGAGACGCAGUUCUGGUGGGCCAUUCACUUAACAACGACCUCAUGGCUUUGAAACUCAUCCACCAGCAUGUAAUCGACACCUCACUGCUGUACAGGAGAGAGUUUGGACAGCGGUUUAAACUUAAGGUCCUGGCCGAGACAGUGCUUAAGAGGCAAAUACAAACUGAAGAGAGGAAAGGUCAUAAUCCCAUUGAGGAUGCUGUGGCAGCCCUGGAGCUGGCCCAGUACUUUAUUAACACAGGACCUCGCCAGGUUGUAGAACUCCAUUUGGAGGAGCUGUGGGGAUAUACAAUAGAGGAGGAGGAGUCCACUGACUGUGCACCUGCACCCACACCAAGUCACAGGUUUGGUGACAUACUACAAACACUUGGCCGGUCUGUAGCCUUUUUAGGAAAGCGUUCUGACAUCGCACUGGAUCUGUCCAAUCAGCAGUGGCACGGCUGUGACAAAGAGGUGUUGGCCUCUUUCAGGAGACGGACCAACUGUCCGUUCCUGACAGUGCUCCAAUUUUCUUCCUUCUCAGACCAUCUGAAAAGGUGCCUCCCCCACCAGGAGCAGCUGUACCAGAGGGUGUGUACAAACCUUCGAGAUAUGUGUGUAGUGUUUGCCGGGCCGUUUCCUGCAGGUUUCUCUGAGAGGGAAGUGAGGCGGCUGUUUCGUUGCUGUGGACCGGUUCGGAAAAUCAAAAUGUUGAACUCCACUGUCAGGAUUCAUGCAGAGGUAGAGUUUGAGCUGCUAGAGGGAGCUAUGCUGGCUUUAAAAACUCUAAAUGGACUUUAUAUGCAGGGACAGUCCAUCAAGGUCCAGAGGCCCGUCAAUGAGUCGAUGCUGGACUUGGAUUUGACUCUUGAUGCUUUGAUGGGUGACAGUCUCAACAGCAGUCACCUCUACGCUGUUAAAUUAAACCCCAGUAUGGCUGAGUGCAUACCAAUUCCUGCAAAGGUCAACGGACACACAUUGGAUUCAAAAAGUCCAACAGUGCACAGAUUAAAAGUAAAUGGCACCUGUUUGCAACCCACCACUUCAAAGUCUAAACUGUCUGAGGAGACAGUCAGAGAGACAUUUGCUCGCUUUGGCGCGGUGGAGAGAAUUCUCCUGCCUGCCAAACCUAGAAAACGUGCAAGACAUGCACACAUAAAGUUUGAGAGAUCGGAGCACAGACACGUAGCCCUCAGCUCCACUGAGGACCUCUGGAAGGAAAACUACCUCGUCUGUCCAUCCGUAACUCCACCCCACUUACCUUCAUGGGUUGCCAUGACAACGCCAAUCACCACUGUGGAUCCUGAUAGGGAAGCAGCAGAGGAUGAGGAGAGGACCUGCGCGCACACCAGUUCUCAGGACCAGGAAAUGGAUGUCGUGAUGAGGAAGUUGGACUGUCGCCUGCGGAAGCUCUUCAGAUCUCUCCCUGGCGGCACCUUGUCAGUGGUUGUUCUGCUCGGACACACCAGUGCUCAUAGCCACAUUCCUGGUUUGUGCCUUAUGGAGGUCAAGGAAGGUUCUUGAGGAGAACAGUGAUCCGGUCCUCUAUGGGAAGGAUUAUAAACCUGCAAUAUCAACAUAUCUCCAUGUCCAGGGAUGCCUGCGCUAGUGCUUCAACCAAGUGACAUCAAUGAAGAUGAAAACAUAAAUCAAAUAAUUAAAAAGUGCCUCAGACUUGUUUAUUUUUUUCAAAGUUUUAUGUGUGCACGAUACACUUGACUGUGUCACAAAUGUGUAUAUAAAAGAUUAAGCCAAAUCCAAUACUUGUAAAAUUAUGUUUGUGGCCUGGAAAUAAUCUAAGCUACAAAAACAUCUGACUGUGCAUCUCACUAAAAUGCAUGAUUGUUGUUGGUUUGUCUCUGCAAUCAUGGUCGUCACUCUGUGUAACACAUAUUGAAGUGUAGUUUGAAAGUAUUUGGAGAUACAAUUUGUUCUCCUGGAAGAAAAUAAGAGCUUCACAAGGUGACUGAACCCUGAUAGACCAUAUCAAACAUCAUGCUGAGUGAAUGUAUAAUGUUAAAAUCAGUUUAAACAGACGAUUUUAACUUUUGAUACUGUAAAUUAAAAUUGUUUUGUCAAA